AUGAAGCCAAAUUUCACAUGGCUACCAUCGUUAUUGUUACUUACUCUCCCAUGUUCAUUUUCCGCUGAUACCAAAAAAUUGCCCAGUGUAUUUUUUGGAAAAUAUACGCUCGAGAAAUCUAUUAAUUUGGAUGAGUAUCUUACUGCACGAGGCUACAAAUGGUUUACACGUCGACUUAUUUUAAUAGCAAGUGUCACGAAGGUUAUUCGUAAAGCAGCUUCAGGGUUACCUUCACGAUACGAUAUGCAAACUCUAACAUGGAAGAAAAAUGUACUUUACACCGAUUUUGUGCUUGGUACUUCCUUUCUAUCUGAUCACUUGGAGGAUGGUUUAUUCAAUGUAACGAUAGAUACAAUUAAGAAUGGAACGGUGAUGACGGAAAAUGUGAUACGUGUAGAAAAUCCAGAAGAUGAUGAAAUGUUUCAAUAUACCCGAGAAGAUGAUUAUCUUAUUAUGCGUACUACCUGGAAAGGCGUAAAUGCAGCUGGUUUUUAUCGGAAAGUAUGCUCUUACGACAUAAAUAAUUAUCCUGAAUUUUGUUAA